AUGUCCAUACCGGGCGGCUAUGCCAUCGCGCGGAAGGUUCUGGAUGCUUGGGUGGCGGAUGGCAGACCCGGCUCUUGGGCGGGCGACUCAGUUGAUGAUGUUAGGAUCGACACGGGCAGGUUCAAAUACGUCAUGCUUCGUGUGGGCGAUGGCGACAGGAGCAAGCUCGUGGUGAGGGGCAGCACUGCCGCAAAGUAUCACAUGAAUCUGUUGGAAGCUGCGAAGAAGGAAUAUGGGCACUUGGGGUUGGAUUUGGAGCCGGUGGGGGGUGGGCGGAUCGAGCACGACCCGGGGAUGGGCAGUUUGUCCAUUUAUGGAUAUUCUUCGGCAUUUGGGCAGGCAGUACACGACGUCGCGGCGGCGCUGUGUGUCAGGUGGAUGCUGCUGUACGACGCCACAGGAAUCAACGUGUCAUACGACGGGUACUAG